AUGCUCGGCUGGUAUCAGGCAAGACUUGCGGCGCGUCCGCUGCUCACCCAGAGCAUUACCACCGCUAUCCUGUUUGCGACCGGUGACCUCACUGCCCAGCAGCUCGUCGAGAAGCGUGGCUUUGAGAAGCAUGAGUGGGCCCGUACAGCCCGCAUGGCCCUCUACGGUGGAGCCGUCUUCGGUCCCGCCGCUACGACCUGGUUCAAGUUUCUCCAGCACAACGUCGUCCUCCGCAAUAAGAACCUUGAGAUUCUUGCCCGCGUCGGCGCCGACCAGGGUGUUUUUGCACCCGUCAUGAUUGGUGUCUUCCUGUCCUCUAUGGCCGUUCUUGAGGGCAGUUCUCCGCAGGAUAAGCUUGAGAAGAACUACACGACGGCCCUUACCUCUAACUACAUGCUCUGGCCCUUUGUGCAAAUGGUCAACUUCAAGCUCGUCCCGCUACACCACCGUGUGCUGUUCGUCAACGUCAUCAGUAUUGGAUGGAACUCUUACCUCAGUUACCUGAACAGCUCAUAG